GGGCAGCCUUCGAUCUGGCCACUUCUCUUAAUCAUCGCUCUUCUGAUUCAGGGUGGCAUUGUGUCCCAGUGUGCAAGAAUAGCCCCAGAAUCGGAAAGGCUGAACCCAGAGCUCUUCAGCAGGGAAGAUUCCCUUCCCCCCUGCUUCAGGCUGCUGAGCACUGAGCGUCGCUCAGAAUGGAAGCCAUCGCCAAAUAUGACUUCAAAGCUACUGCUGACGAUGAGCUGAGCUUCAAAAGGGGGGACAUCCUUAAGGAAGACUGCCCUCCCACUGGUGAGCACAACCCAGUCUGCUUGGAUGAUUUCAUCACAGGUGCAAGGCCUACAUUUUUGUGUGUUUUGAAUGAAGAGUGUGAUCAGAACUGGUAUAAGGCAGAGCUCAAUGGGAAGGAUGGCUUCAUUCCCAAGAACUACAUAGAAAUGAAACCACAUCCGUGGUUUUUUGGCAAAAUCCCCAGAGCCAAGGCAGAAGAAAUGCUUAGCAAACAGAGGCAUGAUGGGGCCUUCCUAAUCCGAGAGAGCGAGAGUGCCCCUGGGGACUUCUCCCUGUCUGUCAAGUUUGGAAAUGAUGUCCAGCACUUCAAGGUGCUCCGAGACGGGGCCGGGAAGUACUUCCUGUGGGUGGUGAAAUUUAACUCUUUGAAUGAACUGGUGGACUACCACAGAUCCACGUCAGUGUCCAGGAACCAGCAGAUAUUCCUGCGGGACAUAGAGCAGGUGCCACAGCAGCCAACGUAUGUCCAGGCACUGUUUGACUUUGACCCCCAGGAAGACGGUGAGCUGGGCUUUCGCAGAGGAGACUUCAUCCAUGUCAUGGAUAACUCAGAUCCCAACUGGUGGAAGGGGGCCUGCCAUGGGCAGACCGGCAUGUUUCCCCGCAAUUACGUCACCCCAGUGAACCGGAACGUCUAAGAAGCAGAAGAGAUUAUUUAAAGAAAGUGAAAAGUUGAGACCAUUCACAAGAAUUGCACCCACAUGCUGCCUGUCACAGCUUGUGAGGGAGUGCAGAACAUCUGGCUGGGUCCUACUGGUGACCCUCUCACUUAGGUUGAAACUUUGGGGGGUGGGAAGGGGUGUUUGAUUUCAUAAUGCCAAAACUUAACCUAUUGAAUUGAAUUACAGUUUUUAUUACAGAAUCUCACUGCUGCUCCUGUUCCCCUCCUAUCUCCUUUUCUCAUCCUUUCUUUCCUGUCCUUCAGUGCAUGACGUUUGAGGCCACGUAUAGUCCCAGCUGAUGCCAAUACUAAAAGAAACCAAGUGGGCUGGUACUUUCUCUAUGCAAAAUGUCUGUGGAGAUGAAUGGACUAAAAGAGCUAUAUUCUUCACACACAAGGGGCGGCCAGGGCACCUGGGGCCCGUGAAUGGGCUUCUGCCAGAGAUGCCUGAGGGCAUCUGCCUCCAGCCCAAGCCUGGAGCAUCCCGUCAAGGUUGGACUUUGUAGGGGAAGGAGGCACGCCACCCACCUCUGGUCCCCGAGUCACUGCAGACCUGCGCCUCCUCCCACUGUCUCCCCGUCAGGUGUUGCUCAAAUGUUGUUUUUCAUAGUGCCUUUUUUCUUAUUUCAAGGGUGUUUUAUGAGUGGUGUUUUUACUUUUUUUUAUAUAAGUUAAAGACAGUCCAGAGCUUUUCCUAUCCUGUAUAAUAUUUUCCUCUCAGGGCAGGGGAAACAGGAUAGAGAAAGGAAACAGGAGAAGCAGAGCGUGGUAUUGCCUGUCUGGAGGGGCCAGAGGUCUUGGAAGACUCUGCUCCCUGGCUGUGGUCUGCCCUUUCCAUGCCUGGAGCCAGUGAGUGUCAAACACAGAAGACAGGGGCAGGUGGCAGCCAAGCUGUCCUUCCUCCCCUGUCACAGGCCUGCACUCGGGUGGGAGCUGAGAGUAUGGCUUUUCGUUGUCCUUGCUCUUAGAAUUAGGUCCUUGCUCUCAAUUGUGUAUUUUCCAACCUGCCCAAGAGCGCAGAUAGCAGGGUUGGGGCUUGGUGUGUUCACAGCUGUUCUGCUGCCGCAUCCCAUGAAGCUGUGUGAGGUGGGAAAGAGCACAACCCAUGCAAAGAAAGCUCUUUGUCUGUCUCCUGUGAGCUUCCAGUCCUCUGUACACCAAUCUCUGCACCUAGCCUCCUUCCCACAGCAAAACAAGGCUCCUCCUAGUCUCCCUUGGAGUUGGCAGUGUCCUUGGGCUGCUGGGCUCUUCGGGGUGGGGUCUCCCCUGGACUCUGUUGGGAGAUGGACUCAGCCCUGCCCUGGGGGCGGCCUUCCAAAUGGAGCUGUCCCUGCCCUCCUGGUUUUGCUUCCUCUUUCCCUGCUGAUGAUAAAAUGAAAUAAUGAGUUACACCUGGGCCAUUUGAUUGUUUUAUUUUGGAAUUGGUGUAUAUCAUGAAGCCUUGCUGAACUAAGUUUUGUGUGUAUAUAUUUAAAGAUCAGUGUUUAAAUAAAAAGACCUAUGUACUUACUCCCUUAACUUCUGCGAAUAGCGAUUUGGUAGGUAGUGAUUAACUGUGAAUAAACAUACAAUGAAUUCUU